AUGACUAAUGUUACAACGAGGCUUUUGAUAAACAGGUUUGACAGUGACCAGUCGGUCGAGGAGGUCGAGCUCGACCACCAGGAGCCCAUCUCCUCGGUCAAGGAGCGUCUGUUCGCGGAGGACAUCACCAACCACCACAAGAUCCGUAUCAUCCACGGUGGACGUCCGCUCUCCGAUGACACUGUCCCCAGCGGGCUGCGCGGCUACAAGGCCGGCGAGAAGCUGGUUCUGACGGUGUUCAUCACCAAGCCGGACACUCUUGAACCGGAGGCGGAAUCAGGGACCUGUGGAAAUGGAGCACGUCCGCAUGGAUUAUGGUUGUGGCGACGCUGUGGUGCUACAAAUUUAAGCUCGCGGACUCGUUCAGGAGGUUCCCACUGUUUGUGCUAUACGUUGCAACGUUUAUAUGCUUGCACAUGGUUUUUUCGCGCCUUAUCAACUUCCGCCGAGUGA